CACAUCCGGUUCUCUUUAGCGCCGGCCUCCCGGAUAUUGCCUCCUUUUCCCUUCUCCGAAGAUGGCGGACGAGAAGAAAGCAAAGAGGGUUCGGAAACGCCAUGCCAGCCGAAACCCUAUGCUGGUCCGGGGGAUCGGGAGGUAUUCCCGAUCGGCCAUGUACGCCAGGAAGGCCAUGUAUAAGCGCAAGUACAAGGCUCCAGAAACGAAGAUCGAAAAGAAAAAGCGAGAGAAGGAGCCGGCCACGAUCACGAAACCUGUCGGCGGGGAUAAGAAUGGUGGCAACAGGGUGGUCAAACUUCGCAAAAUGCCUAGGUACUACCCGACGGAGGAUGUUCCCCGUAAACUCCUGAGUCACGGCAAAAAGAACUUUGCCUUGCACAAGAGGAAGCUGCGGGCCUCCAUUACCCCGGGAACCGUCUUGAUUCUUCUCACCGGCCGCCACCGAGGCAAGCGUGUGGUCUUCCUGAAGCAGCUGGGGAGCGGGCUGUUGCUGGUGACCGGGCCGUUGGUCAUCAACCGCGUCCCGCUGCGGAGGGCCCACCAGAAGUUUGUCAUCGCCACCUCUACCAAGAUUGACAUCUCUAGCGUGAAAAUCCCCAAGCACCUUGGCGACCUUUACUUCAAAAAGAAGAGGCUACGCAAACCCAAGCACCAGGAGGGUGAAAUCUUUGAUACUGAGAAAGAGAAAUACGAGGUGACGGAGCGGCGCAAGGCCGACCAGAAGGCCGUGGACUCCCAGAUCCUCCCCAUCGUCAAGAAGACGCCUCAGCUCCGCGGGUACCUGCGGUCAACCUUUUCGCUCUCCAACGGCAUCUAUCCCCACAAAUUGGUUUUCUGAAUAAGCGCAGAGUAAAGCUUGGGCAAAACCG